UCUUGGGCUUCAUUCGCGCUCGUCGUUACCAUGAAAGCGGUUCUCUGCGCGAUAUUCGUCACUUUACUGGCCACUUUUGGCCGUGGUUUGCCCACUCAGUUGGAGGAUGAGAGUCAGGGAUCCUUUGCCGGCAAGGUUUCCCAGCUGAUUGCCCUGCAGCUGCUGAAGUUCAACAAGGACAUCGAUGCCAAUCAGGUGCAUUCGCCUUUGGGAGUGGCCUCCAUUUUGGCCGUCUUGGCGGAGGCUUCUGAGGGAGAGACCUACUCGGAAUUCCAGCAGGUCUUUGGUUAUCCCAAGGAUCGUACUCUGCUGAGGGCUGCCUACAAAAGGAUCCUGGGCAACUAUCAGAACAGGGAUGCUGCAGUGGCUUUGCCCUCCUUCCAAACCUGGUUGUACAUCUACCGGAACAACAGUGCCAGGGAGGAGUUCAAGGAUGUCCUCGAGAAACACUACUAUGUGGAUGUGAAGGACAUCAGUCGGCAGGAUUACGAUUGGAAUGAGCCCAACACCUCUCUUCAACUGUCAGAGGAAAAGGACAACACAGAUUCCACUGAGGGAAGCACUGAGCAAAGUAACAGCAAGGAUGUUAUUGGAUUCGAGACCCUCAAGAGGAUUAACUUGGAUGACGAGGAUAUCCCUGCCAUUCCAGCUGAUGGCUAUGGCCAGGAAAUCAUCGAUAAAGAGGCCUCCAAGUUCGAUCGCGACAUAGAUGACAAACAGUAUGUGGAAAAACCAGUUGCCCAGGCUGAGGCCGAGCAACUGCAAAAAGAACAGCAGCAGGCGACCACCACAGAAUCUGAAUUUGAGUCCCAGCCUGAGGCCACCACUACCACUGUUGUUGCUGUGGAAAAACAGGAAAAACCAGACAUGGCAGCCGAGGAAAAUCCAGCCGAGAAGCAGCAGAACAAGCGCAGCGACCAGGAGGAGAGCCAGAUCAAGAACCUGGAGGAGAACGAGACGGUGCAGGAGGAGGAGAAACUGGCCAAGAUCAUAUCCGAUCCCGCAGUGACCGCCGGUGAACCCGAGAAGGUGCGCCUGCCCCUCCAGAAACUGGAGAGCGCCGUGAAGGCGGUGACCAAGGAUGGCGCCGAUGAAGUAAUGAUCGCUCUGGAGUCGCAAUUGGCAGCCGUUAGUCGGAUUUAUGGCGCCCGUAGCUUGUUCCGACAGGACGACAUCGCUUCCGCUUUGAGUGCCAACUCCAUCACGGGUCGCUCCGCAGGAUCCAAGUCCAAGAUGCUGCUCUUCAACGGGCUCUACUAUCGUGGAAGCUGGGCCAAUCCCUUCUACCAACUGCGCGAUGGCAGCGAUGAGUUCUUCUUCAUGACCAACGAGGAUGCGAUGAAGGCGCCAAUGAUGCACGCCCGCGGCCAAUUCCAGGUGGCAGAUCUUCCCCAGGUCAAGGCUCGAGUUCUGAGUUUGCCCUAUGAGACAUCCCGAUAUGCACUGUGCAUUGUCCUGCCCGACGAAACGGAGGGUCUGAGUGAUGUGAUAUCCCAGCUGCAAACUAGUGAUUUCCUGCUGGCCAAGAAGCAGUUCCAAAUGAAGGAGAUGCAUGUGUCUCUGCCCAAGUUCCAAGUGGAGGAGACCUCUCGCUCCGAGGCGAUGCUCAAGCAGAUGGGUCUGAAGAAGGUCUUCUCGAGGACCGAGGCUCAGCUGGGUCUACUGUCCGAGGAUCCCGACGUGCAUGUGGAUGAGAUAGUGCAGUUUGUGAAUGUGCGAGUGGACGAAGGAGGCAGUAGUGCCAAUUCAUUGUCAGCCGCCAACACGCAGGCUCGUUCACCCAGCCUGGAGUCCACUGUACUGCCUGUACCAGAACCAGAACCCGAACUGCCCGGAGUAGAACGCUUCGAGGUGAAUCGUCCUUUUGCCUACUUCAUUGUGGACUGCCAGGAGCAGUUUGUUUUGGCCUCUGGAAAAAUCUACACGCCCGAGUUUAAGGAAGACCUGCCGUCAGUUUCCGUCGAAGUGGAACUGGAGCAGUCUUAGUCUGGUAGCUUAGUAUCACAUAAGUUUCGUAACGAAUUUUCACCGAUCCAUGCAAUAAACGUGCACAAUUCAUUUUCCCAAAAAAAAAA